AUGGGGUCCAAAGUCUUUGAAGAAAAUGUGAUCCCUGAAGAGAGGAAGAGGUUGUCUUUACAUAAUUCGAUAAACAAGUUCUACCGUCAUCAUGGCCAAUUCAAGAAUAGCCGUGUAUCCACUUUCAAAUUGUCAAAGUCUGACAGAAUUACCACCAACACACCAACGAUUGCACCCAUUGAUUUCCACAAAAUAGUGGUGGCUAAUAAGCACAAUGUUCCACAAGUUGGAUCCUUCGUCGAAUUUGAAAAAGAAAACCUAAUGAGAGUUGGGGUUGUUAUCCAAAAUUUGCUUGCCAGGUUUGAUGAAAGAUUCAAUCACGUUCUAGUAUUGACUGAUGAAAAUGAGAUUUUAGCUGUCAAGCCACUACAUGUGAAGUUCCAUUUGUACAAGUUUGUUUCUGAUGGAGCCAUUAACUAUAGCGAGAUUCUACGCGAGCGGUACAACCCUUCCCAAUCAGAUCGUGAAAGGGCAGUUUCCUUCAUUCAAACAUUCAUGAUGGAUACAAUUGAAUGGAAAAAACGGACAUCGCCAUUGAUCCAAAGAGUAUUUAGCCAACUAGUUGAUGAAAAAAUUUGUCCUGUUUCAUCAUUGGACGUCAUAGACAGCAUGGAAUUUAAAGAAUCCGACGUGGCAAGAAUCAAUUCAUCACUUUAUAAUCAACAUGCCCUACUAUAUGCAACUCAUGGCAAUCUAGUUGAUUCCUGCCAAUGGGUGGUGCCUAACUAUGCUGGAGACUUUUCAUCAAAUGUGUUUUUGUGGGGUCAUUCAAAUAACUUUCAUUUGGAAAGUCAAUACUUUGUCAAUGCUCAAAAUGUUUGGUUACGCAUUUAUCAUUUCAAGCAAACAAUGUCAAGCCAAGACGGGGUUGAAAAAGUCAACAAGUUUAUGCAAAAGUUAAAAAGUUUACCAAAGGAAGAAAUUAGCGCAUAUUUGAAUGUUUUUGAAGGAAGGCAUUUCAUUGACGUGAUUAUGGCAAUGAAAUUUGCCGUUGUUUAUCCUCACAGCAGCAUCGUUAUGGAGCUUGAAAAAUUGGACUGUUUUAAUUCAACGCCUACAGCAUCAGACAUACAUUGCUUGCUUCUUGAUCUAAAAGUGUUUGAUGACACUACCACUAUUACUGACAUAUACUUAUCACUGGGACUAUUUGGAACCCCCAAGAAUCUCAGUGUGACACGUGUGGACCAAUUGAAAUCACCAACGCCGUCUGGCUUCGAUGUGAAGGAUAAUUUCGCGCAUUUAAGAACUAGUAGGAAAUAUUACCAAGACCAUGUAAUUUAUGCACUUGUUGACGACGAGGAAGGCGUUUCAAGUUUUGGCAUUUCCAUCGAGUCAUUAAAUUCACGGAAGCAUUUGAUAAACAUACAUGUUCCUGAUAUCAUUACUCAUAUUUCCCCUGAUACCAAAAUUUUCAAAUCCAUAUUCCAAAAGAGGUCACUUGCUGAGACUUUGACUCAUUUGUGCAACAAUAAAACAUGGGGUAAUAUAUAUCCUGAGAAAAUCAUGCGAGAUAGGAGAUUUCACGAGUACAGCAACUACGAUAAUAAUGAGGAAAUCUGGGGGGAUGUAAUUGACUUGAUGGAACAAGGUACGAAAGGUACACGAAAACGAGGGAUUUCCAAAGCAACUUGCUUAACAAUUACAUUUGAGUUUAAUUCCUAUGAAUCUAACCCGUUUGAGGAUCUUGCCAAAAAAGUGUCCGUGAGCUUCGAUUCCAUUUCCAAUGUAAACACCAAGAUUGUCAACAGGAAUAUACUACAGAAAUGUCUUACUGGCCGAUUGGAACCAUCAUUCUUCCGAUUGCUUCGUCGUAAGCAACGAAAUGAAUCAGACGUUGAUGGACUGGAGAACUCAUUGAAUAAAACAGACAUUCAUAACCUCAACUAUAUAAGCGGUGUUUUGAAAACAUUUCAAAAAGUGAGAGAGCUUGACGGGGCGGCAACAUCUUUAAAAGAUUUGUCUUUGUUCGAAAAUAGUAUUAUAAGGACCAAGUUCAAUGAAACAACAUGUGGCAUAAGCAGCGAUAUCAUCAAACCUAGUCUUUCGAAUACAACCACCCCACAAGCAGAUUUUUUGCACAAAGAAGUGAAAAUCUUCACCGGUUGCUUGGUCUCCAAAUUCUGUUUUCAGAAUCAAAUACCUAUGAUUUCGCAGUCCCAGGAUUUAGAUGUCAAUGAGUUUGAAAAUGAUGGUGUGAUGGUUCAACACGAAAACGUCAUGAUUCCAGUUUAUGAGUCUCGAAAGUAUUCGCAUAGUGUUAUGGCCAAGGAUGAAGAUGGGCUAAUUUCCUUGAAUGCAAAACUCAUCUCCAACAAUUAUCUUGCGCCGAAAUAUGCAACGGUUGGCAGUGAAUUUCAUGUACCACUAGGAUUGUCACUGGGAUAUACAGAAGUACUUGACGUAUUCCAAUCUGGAAAAGCCUUUUUCAAUCAAUUUCAGCUUUUGUCACACAUUCAGCAAGACUAUCAAAAGACGAUUUUGAAAAGACACAGUUACUUGGAUUUUAUUGAAAGGUUCAACAACUUAAAGAGUCUUGGUUAUCUUUUGAAUGGACCGUUACCUGAACGCAAACUCAUACUGAUUAUAAACUCUAUCAAUUCCAACGAUUUGAGGAAAACAUGGCAAUAUCGUAUGUACAAGUUUUGGAUUCUCAGUUGGCUUCAUCAACAUCAGUUCAAGAAUGGUUUUCAAGAAGAUAAGAAACUUGACUGUAUUUGCACUCAUUUUGAUCGUUUGGAUGAAUAUGGCAUAUGUAAGGCUUACUGCCCAGAUUUAGGGAUUGAAGUAGAUGUUUUAUAUCUACCCGAGCAGGACGUAAAAAUAGGUACAUCAUUAGUCGGCCAUGAAGUACUCCAUUUGGACCCCAUUGGCGGAUUCUGCAUGCUUGAUGGUAGAGAAGAUAUUUGUAUAUAG